AUGCUCAUCCGAGACUCGCGAAAACUGGUUCUUUUUCUUGUUCCGGUCUGUCUCCUCAUUAUCUUUGCUCUGAAACUCUAUCUUGGCCCCGUUGGCUUUCCAUCUCAUGUUCAAGAAUGGAUUCCUUCACAGCUCAAGAAGUCUUCCAAAGACAAGCAAGAACCUCUAGAUAUCGAGGAGUCGGCACCUACGUUAAGUCCCCAACCAACACCUGAGGUCCAACCAGACAACAAUCAGUUUGGAGAAGGCAUCAUCCCGAAGGAUAUAAGCGCAACACACAAUGAAAUCUUCUCGCUUUAUACAAAAGACAAGAAGUUCUUUGAGAUAAAACUCGGAGACUUUACAGCUCUCAACCCAAAUAUCAUUCCCCAUCCAACCCUCGACAACACAUGGAUCGUCGUGGCGCAAUGGCUACAAGAAGGCGGCAACACACUAUGGUUCGCAGAGCUUGUCUGCGACGCUGCGUUCAAAGAUGAUACCCUUACCUGUCUCCACACACCAGUAACUCUUCCAGUCACUUCAACGGUGGGAGGAAACAAUUGUAAUGGGGAGAUGGCGUAUCUUCAUAUGAGUUUGGGUCCUCAUGAUGCACGCGUCUUCUACGGUCCUGAGAAGCCCUACACAACAUACGGAUCGACCUCGUUCUUUACUUGUAUUGGUCAGUUCGUGCAAGACUUCCGCACAUUGGUCAACUGGCGAGGCGACAUGGCCAAUUUGAGUGAGUUCAGACUCGGCACCGAGCUUCAGCGACCCGCGCCAUGGCAUACAAUGGAGAAGAACUUCUUCCUGUUCUGGGACACCAGCGGCAACAUGUACACCCAUUAUGAUAUUACUCCUAAAAGAGUAUUUUCUCAAAUCAACCCUGAUGGCUCAGCCGGUCCUGAUCUAGCACCUGCUGCACUAGGUGAUGAGCAGUGUCUGGCCAAGUAUCUGCCCAAACUCACCUCUAAUCUCGAAUCCAUCCACCAAGCGACCAACUCCCUUUUGCUCACCAUGUGUCGUCGUGACGAACCCAUGUGUGUUCCCAACGACGAAAACACUUUUGUCAUGGCGAUCUUCCAGCACAAAUCAUACUUCAACUACCACAGCGUCUAUGAGCCCUAUGUCAUGCUUUUCAAGCAACGUGCUCCUUUCGAAAUUCACGCGAUAUCCCAGAAACCGAUCUGGAUUCAUGGCAGAAAGCAAUAUCCUGAGAAAUCGACUUCGGAUAUGUUUUAUGUUACAUCGAUAAGCUGGAAGAGCAAAGAGCAGAAAUAUCAUGGAUUUAUUGGUGAUGAAAUGUUUCUGGGUUUUGGGGUUGAGGAUGUGAAGACGGGUGGCAUAGUUAUCGGAGCUGAGGAUUUGGUCAAAGAUAUGGGACUGUGCUUUGAAGGCUAG